AGGAGAUGCAAUAAGGAUAAACAGGAAGAAAAAUUAGUCGACAUUUUUUGGUUUCAACAUCUAUAUGAGCAAAGAAAAAUGGCACAAUCUCCAAUUGGAACUUGUGAAAUUUGUGUUCAAGCACCGGGAUCACAGUACUGUAAACAAUGUCGAAAUACUUUUGUAACAACUGCAAGACUGCUCAUUUGAGAUCGAAGAUGGCACGUAAUCAUGUAUUUGGAAAAAGAAACGAGAUAGGUCAAGAGGAAGAGUUUUUAUGUAGACAUGUUAAUCAACAACUGUUUAUGUGUUUAGAUUGCGAUUUUCCGUUAUGUAAAACUUGUCUAGUCGAAAACCACAAUGGCCAUAACGUUGAGGAUUUAGACAAAAUAUUUUCAUCUUUGCACGACCAAGCAUCAAAAGCGAUGAAAGGAAUUGAAAAUGAUUUUAAACGUAAAAGCGGUGGCAUGAAAACAAUGACAACAUCGUAUGAGAAGGAGAGCGAAAAGCUUGAGCGAGAGCUUUUAAAACAAGGAGAACUAAUAAAGUCUAGUGUUGACAAAAUGGUUAGCACAAUUAUUGAUGACGUUAGGAAAUCUCGCGGGAACGUGAAAAAACAUUAUCCUACAUGUGUCGAUGAUGCAGUUUCAACUACAUGCAAAAAAUGGCAGCAGCAGUUGGAUGAAAUUAGACAUCAAAAAGCAACAGGGACAAUUGUUUUUGAAAUUCAGAAACUUCUCGAUGAGAUAAAAACAAUGGAACUUCCGAACCUGCCUGAUGUACCUACUGUUAGAUAUAGUGCCAAACCAGUCGACGAAAAAAUCAUCAAGGAUUUACUAGGAGGUGUCAAAUUUUUAUCCUUUUCAAAACCAAACCCAAAAUCAAAAGAAUUGUUUCUAGUACCUGAAGGGUCUGGGUAUGGAUUACGUUUCGUCGGUGGAAAGGAUGUAAAUGAAGAAGUAUACGUUUCAUAUGUGUCUUCUGAUGGCCCUGCUGCUAAGGCUAGUCUUAAACAAUUUGAUCGAAUAAUCGCAGUGGAUGGAAAACAAACAAAAGGCCUGAUACAUGAUGAAGUAACAAGCAUAUUUAAGAAUGCCAAAGGCAAAGAAAAUGUGUCGAUAACAAUUACGCCUUUUCAGCAGUAGAUUUGUGUGUAGUGUAAAUAUAGUUGUUGUACUAUUUUAUUUAAAGCUGACUCAAAAUUUUCAGCAAUGUUUGAAUUUAUAAAUUAUUUGUAAAAUUCUGAAAUAAAUUUUCGAAAGCAAAAAUAAUAGAACGUGCCUUUUAUUUUAUCAACUUAUUUAUUGUUUCAUAUUCGUAAUUGCUUAUUUUUGAAAUCUAGAUAUAGAAUAAAAUAAUACAUUUUUACAAAUAAAGAAGCUAUAUCAGUAACAUAGUGUGAAGGCUGUUUCUUCACUUUACCAACUGUAUUAGAAAAAAAGUCCAGAAAUGAGAAAAAAAUUCUACUACGAAAAACAUGAACACAUCAUUCGAUGAAACGACCAGCCUCAGUGUAAACUCUUGUUCCAACAAACAUGUAGUUGUUUGGCUUACAACUGUGCAAUAUAAGGAUAAAGCUGAGACAGUCCUCCAUAGAUACAAUACAUGUAUAAAUUUGCUUCAUAGAUUUCAUUGAUUGUGUUUGUGAUAAGAAUAGCAAUGUAUCAUACAUCGGUGUAUGUGUAUCAUUAGAACCGAGAUUCUAAUUUUUCUAAAGGUGAUUUGUAAAACACGUUAAAAAUUCAAUGACAAUUUUUGUUAUUUG